AUGGCAAGAACUUGGAAAGAGAUAAAAAAUACAGCAGACUUUCAAAAUCUCUUAGAAGACUCGCACAAGAGACCGCAAGCUGUUCUGAUAACCUCGCCCUCCUGCAAGGCCUGCAAGAGAUUCAAACAGAAAGACUUCCAGCCAAUCGUGGAUCAAUUCCCGAAUACAGAUUGGAAUGAAGCUUGCGCUUUUGAAUCCGGAAUCAAGGAAUUCAGCAAUCCUGGAAUUCUGCCAAAGUGGAAUUUCUUUGUUGAUGGAAAACUUGAGGUCGAAUUCCCUGGAGUUGUGUGGCGGAACAUAGAUGAUGCGGUUUGCGAUUGCGAGUGGAAGAAAGGAAUCAAACGCGUCAUUCGAAUGGGCCAGAAUUAA